AGGUGUUUUUCUCAUUCCAUAUGUCCUGAUCGCCAUCUUUGGUGGAAUUCCAAUCUUCUUCCUGGAAAUCGCCCUGGGACAGUUCAUGAAGGCUGGAAGCAUUGCAGUAUGGAACAUAGCCCCUCUUUUCCAAGGAAUCGGGUUUGCCUCGGUGGUGAUUGUGUUUUUCUGCAACACGUAUUACAUUAUGAUCUUGACCUGGGGCGUUUACUACCUGGUGAAGUCGUUCACAUCAGUGCUGCCCUGGUCACACUGUAAUAAUACCUGGAACACACAGGAAUGCGUGGAGAUAUUUCGCCAAGAGGACUGCAGCAAUGGUACCUCCAAUUCCACCUAUGGGAACCUGACCUGCGAUGAACUGUCUGACAAGGUGUCUCCCAUCACCGAAUUCUGGGAGAACAAAGUGCUGAGGCUUUCCUCCGGCCUGGACGAUUUGGGUUCUAUAAACUGGGAGUUGCUUCUGUGCUUGCUGGCCUGCUGGAUGCUGGUUUAUUUCUGUGUCUGGAAGGGAGUCAAAUCUACUGGAAAGAUUGUCUAUUUCACAGCCACGUUUCCGUACGUGGUUCUACUUAUCCUCCUUGUCCGUGGUGCCAUGCUGCCAGGUGCUACGGAAGGCAUUUUGUACUACCUUAAGCCUGACUGGUCUAAGCUUGGGGCUGCCCAGGUGUGGAUUGAUGCCGGGACACAAAUCUUCUUCUCCUAUGCCAUAGGACUUGGAGCACUUACAGCUUUGGGCAGCUAUAAUCGUUUUAACAAUGACUGCUACAAAGAUGCCUUUAUCCUUGCACUAAUAAACAGUGGGACCAGUUUCUUUGCUGGCUUUGUGGUCUUCUCCAUUCUCGGAUUCAUGGCUAAUGAACAGGGGGUAGACAUCUCAAAAGUGGCUGAAUCAGGGCCAGGACUGGCUUUUAUUGCAUAUCCACGAGCAGUGAGUCUGAUGCCAGUGGCGCCUCUCUGGUCCGCUCUGUUCUUUUUUAUGCUGCUACUUCUCGGUUUGGACAGCCAGUUUGUUGGCGUAGAAGGAUUCAUUACUGCCAUCCUGGACCUGCUCCCAGCCCGCUACUAUUUCCGUUACCAGAGAGAGGUGGCUGUGGCCAUUUGUUGUGCAGUCAUGUUCCUCAUAGAUCUCUCUAUGCUGACAGAGGGCGGGAUGUAUGUCUUCCAGCUGUUUGAUUAUUAUUCUGCCAGUGGAAUGACCCUCUUGUGGCAGACGUUUUGGCAGUGCGUAGUCAUUGCUUGGGUGUAUGGUGCUGAUAGGUUUAUGGAUGAUAUUGCUCGCAUGAUUGGUUACCGCCCCUUCCCUUGGAUGAAGUGGUGCUGGUCUGUGAUUACACCCUUUGUCUGCAUGGCGAUAUUUAUCUUCAACCUAGUGAACUACAAGCCUUUGACAUACAAUAAGACCUACACAUACCCAUGGUGGGGUGAAGCCAUAGGCUGGUGCUUUGCUUUGUUGUCCAUGCUUUGUGUCCCUGUGACCUUCAUCUAUAAAAUCACACGUGCCAAGGGGACGCUGAAAGAACGCUGGCAGCGAUUGACAGAGCCCAUAUGGGGAGCUCACCAUUUAGAAUACAUGGUACCUGAUCAAGACAUCAAGAGCCUGACCAGCUUGAGCCCUGUUUCAGACAACAAAGUCAUAAUCUUUGAGAGCGUCAUGUGA